GUUACGCCAUGUAAACCAGUUCUGUAACAGAUAAUUUUUGCAGCGCCACGAUUUGUUGUGAAUUGUUCUCAACGCUCAGACUAAUGUAAUUUUUGCUGUAGUAACUGACACAUCCGCAGGGGCAAUUUAGAAAGGAAAUAUCACCGUGGAAUUAUAGAUGCGAAACUUUGAGAUUAUAUAAUUUUUGUCAAACUACAGCUUUGAGUUAAAGAUUGUCUCCUAUGUGGUUUUCUGCCCAGGGUAACAAUGAUGGGUCUAAAUUCUGAAGAACAGAAACUGGAAAUAGAUCUGAAGAGCAAAUCUGAUCGUGUCCGGAGAAACUUAUUUGGUCCCGUUGAUCACGAGCAGCUACAGCAAGAUUUUCAACAUUUACUGCGGGCAAAUAUUGAAGCUGCCGAACAAAGGUGGAAUUAUGACUUCAGUAAGGAAAUUCCAGCAGAAGGAACCCUUGAAUGGGAAGAACUGAAAUGUCAAGAUGUCCCAGCUUUUUACAGGAGCCGUGUUAUCAGCAAAGCAAAACACUUGUGUGGACUGCAGGAAGCUUGCGUAAGGAGUAGCUCCGAUCAGCCAGCGCCUCCGAGCAAGGAAAUAGAAACUCAGGUGACUCCUGAGCCAAAAAGAAAAAGGCAGACCUGCAUAACAGAUUAUUAUCCUGCAAAGAAGAGGUGCACACAUCGAGUCCGUCACAGCAGAAGAAAGUAGUAAUCCAGGAGAGAAAAUGGAGAGGUUACAAAAGAACUGAACAUAAUCUGUGGAUUCCUAAAGAAAUUGUAGCCUGAAGGUUUCUUAUUAAACCACAGAUUAUCUAUGAAUUUUGUUAAACUAAUUAAGUAUAAUUGUUUACAGAUUAUUUUAAACAAGAGAAAGGUUUGCCAGUGGGUUGACACUCACUUCAUUGAAGGCCAUUCUGAGUGGGAUUUUCUUUUGCUGGAUUUCUUUUGCAUGCUACAAAUUAAGUCUAAAAUUCAUUGUGUUUUUGGACAAAAUCAAAUUCUGACUUCUUGUCACUCUUUCUGGCAAAAAAAUAAUUUCCAUCUCUUCCACACCAUAAGGACUUUGUGCACAAAAUGAAUUUCAGCAGCAGCUUCUUCAUUGCAAAUAUCUGCAAAUAAUCUGAACUUUAUUUGUUCUUAUUUUAAAACUAUCCUCUUUUGCAGUACUCUGAUUUAGCCUCUACCUUUACAUAAAGAAAGCACAGCGUACUGCACAGCAGUGGUACGUUGAGAGGUCAUGAUGCUGACAUUGUCGACAAUACGGUCAGAUUACAGGCUUCGGAUCAUUAGCCAAAGAUGAGUAAUCUCCAGCACCAUUGCUUUGAAAUGAAAAUGAAAAAAGCUAAGGCUGCCCUAGAUAAUCUUGAAACCUGCUUGAUUCAGCAGUACAAGGAUACAGACCAUAUACAAGUUUGAAUAGAUCAGAAAUCCUGGAAGAAUUUGGAAAUAAAUAUGCAAUUUUCACUGGAGCAUAGAAGCUAACUGGCUAGGCAACUCUUCUAUCAUCCCUGUCCUCCAGUAGUGUUGGAGUCCAGUCCUUUUACAGAGACUUGCAUCAAGGCUUGAUGUUAUUUUAAUAUCUACUUUGUUUAAAUCUGUGUGGACAUUACUGCUUUUUUUCAUAUUUAGGUUUCUCCCAAUCUCUUCACUCCUAAAAAAACACGACAACUGUAAUGAGGAGUGGGAUAUUUUGGAGAAUGGAAAGUGCCGUGAACAUUCUGGUAUAUUAAUUGUUAACCAGACACAGACAUAAAAACAGGAAUUAUCCCAUUUUAGCAGGGGCGCUACCAAUUUCUUACUCCAGAACUGCUCUCACCUUGCUCAGCUGAAGAGAACAUGAGAAUUCACAUCUUCCAUGUAAAGCAAUGGUUAAUUAUAUUUAAGAUGACUAAUUUGACAUAAAAAAUGUGGAGCUUAAUGAAAGGAAACACAAUGUUAGAAGUUAUAACGAUCAAAACUACAUAAAGACUCAUGGAAUCAUGCAGCACAGAUAUGGGCCCUCCAGCCCACUGAGUCAGCACUGAUCAUCAAGCUCCCAUCUUUACACUGAUACCAUUUUUUUCUCCCCACAUUCCCAACAACUCCUCACAGAUUCUACCACUAAUCAACACAGAGAGAACAUACAAACCCCACGCAGAGCGACAGAGGUGAGGAUUGAACUUGGGUUACUGAAGCUACGAGACAGCAGCUCUACUGUACUUCCUAGUUCCAGAUUAGUCUUCAUCCUUACACUGUGGAUUUCUAAAUAUUUAUGUAAUUCCAGACGGACAUUCAGCAUAAAAAAGUCUAUGCCAGAUAUCUAGAAGCAAAAUGGGAGAGGAAAAAAACUCUACUUUCCUUUAUUUCCCUUUCCAUCUAGUUUGCAAUAAUAAUACCAGCUAAUCUUAACCAGAGAGGAAUACACUUGUUACCAUGAUUUAACUUCCUCCUCUAACUUCUUCCAUCCCCAUAACCUUAUCGUCCCGUAAUCAAAAGAUCUAUGACCUGAUACCUCAAACACUUCUUCAUUGUGCUUUUAAUUUUAGUCAAUUAAAGCAGAAUUAACUUUUGCUCAUCUGAUUACAGUGAAAUGCAAAAGACCGGGUUCUCUUCACACGUUUUCCCACACCAGUGUAUUAGUGAAGAGACCCAUUUUUCUGAGUUCAGUUCAAAUAGCAGAAUAAUAUUAACCAUAUAAGUAAUUUCUAUAAGUGAGAUUUAAAUUAUUGCAUUAUGGUUAAAUUAAUUUUCAGUUAUUAGAUCAUAUGGCAGAACAGAGUAAAAUAAAUCAAAUAACAUGACAAUCGUGAGAGAUAUUUUGAUAGCUGUAAUAGCUGCUGUCAGUAGAAGACAUAUGAGGCUCCGUUCUUAAUAAAGGGUUAUCAGUGCCACUGGAAUUAGUGAGUGAGUUCCAAAGGAAAAGCAGAAUGAGUUAACUACUAUGUGCACUGAUUAGUGUGCAAUGUGGCCAUAGAACCAAGAAACUCUCUGGUUUGAUUCAUGAUUUAUGCUCCUGGCACCUGAUAGCUCAAGAAAACCCAUGUCUUUCCUUUAAAAGUAGCCUCUAUUCCCAAGUUCUCCCCAUCCACCCAAAAGCAUCCCCUUCCACAGAGGCUUUUUGACACCUCACUGAAAUGACCAUUUAUGAACCUAAGAAAGCAUUAUCAGGCUAUUCAAGGAUGUUUAGCUGACAACCGAAACCACCCCUUCCUUCAUCCAGUGUCCACUUAUCAGGUUUAAAAGACAGUUGGACAAGUACAUGAAUAGGAAAGGUUUAGAAGGCUAUGGGCCAAACGCUGGCAAAUGGGACUAGCUGAGACGGGCAUCUUGGUCGGCAUGGGCCAGUUGGGCCAACGGGCCUGUUUCUGUGCUGUAUGACUCUAUGAUUCUUCACUGACUGAGGAUAAGAACCUUCACUUUUUUUAUCAUUUCCACUUACAAGUAACUAGCUCGUCACCACUUUCAGUCGAUUUAGAACAAUUGUGACCUUGUGUCUCAAUAUAAUAUGGCUGUACAUAUACCCACUAAACUGCUGAGAGAUUUUUAAAAAUUGUAUGUGUUAUAUUUCAUGCUAUUAUUAAGACUAAAAGAGACUUUCCUGUUUUCUUAUAGAUUAGCGGGUUAUUCUUUAUCUUACUAUUGAGCGGUGAGGAUAUGUAGAAACAUCAACACCCUAUUGGUGCAGCUGAACAGCAACUAAACAGAAAAAUGUUGGUCUCUUUUUCAAUAUUGAAUAAAUAUA